AGAAAAAAAAUGUUUCGUUUUAAGGUCUUUCAUAUCGCAAAGAAUUUGUCACGUGGAUAUUCUACGAUCAGUGGUAUUAACCAAGUUGUUAUAGUUUCGGCUGUGAGAACGCCAGUUGGUUGCUUUAAUGGCUCAUUGAAAAAACUUAGUGCUCCAGAGCUUGGUGCUAUUGCGACAAAAGGAGCGCUCGAGAAAUCAAAUUUAAAACCGGAACAAAUCGAAGAAGUAUAUUUUGGUAAUGUUUUGCAGGCGAACAUUGGUCAAUCACCAGCCCGUCAGGUAGCAAUAAAAGCAGGUUUACCAACUUCAACUGAGGCAACAACAAUUAAUAAGGUAUGUGCUUCCGGCAUGAAAGCUGUUAUGUUAGCUGCACAAAAUUUGUCACUUGGAGAUCGAUCUAUAAUGGUUGCCGGUGGUAUGGAGAGUAUGUCUAAUGCUCCAUAUUACGUGUCAAGAAAUGCCAUAUAUGGAAAUCAAACCAUGACGGAUGGAAUUAUCAAAGACGGUUUAUGGGAUGUAUAUAAUCAGAUACACAUUGGAAAUUGUGCUGAAAACACAGCUAAGAAGUACAAUAUUUCAAGAGAAGUUCAAGAUGAACAUGCUAUUGAAUCUUAUAAACGUGCUGCUGAAGCUUGGAAGAAUGGUGUUUUCAAAGAAGAAGUUAUACCUGUUGUUAUUAAUGAACGAGGGAAAGAUGUCGUCAUUGACGAGGAUGAAGAAUAUAAGAAAGUCAAAUUUGAUAGGGUCAAAUCCUUAAAGCCGGCCUUUCAAAAAGAUGGCACGGUUACUGCUGCUAACUCAUCAACACUUAAUGAUGGUGCAAGUGCUUUAGUACUUGCAACUAAAUUGAAAGCUGACGAAAUUGGUUUAAAACCUUUGGCUAGGAUAAUUUCAUACGGCGAUGCUGCAGUUGAUCCAAUUGAUUUCACAAUUGCUCCAUCACAAGCACUUCCAGUAGCAUUGAAAAAAGCUAGAUUAUCAAUUUCAGAUAUUAGUUUAUUUGAGUUCAAUGAAGCAUUCAGUGUCGUAGCUCGUGCAAAUGAACAAAUUUUGGGUUUAGAUCCUUCUAAAGUUAAUAUUGCUGGUGGUGCUGUAUCUUUGGGUCAUCCUAUUGGAAGUUCAGGUUCUCGUAUUCUUGUUACCUUAUUACAUUUACUUAAACCACGUCAGUUAGGAGCAGCUACUAUUUGUAAUGGUGGUGGUGCUGCUUCUUCAAUAAUUAUUGAACGUCUUUAAAAGUUUGUAUGAUUGAUAUUUUACUUUGAUCUAUUUAUGCAAAUAUGUCUCAAUAAUUAUUUUUAUUAUUAUCAUU